GACUGCAGACACAGUACAGGAGAUGACCAGAGACUGCGGACACAGUACAGGAGAUGACCAGAGACUGCGGACAGUACAGGAGAUGACCAGAGACUGCGGACACAGUACAGGAGAUGACCAGAGACUGCGGACAGUACAGGAGAUGAACAGAGACUGCGGACAUAGUACAGGAGAUGACCAGAGACUGCGGACAUAGUACAGGAGAUGACCAGAGACUGCGGACAUAGUAUAAGGAGAAUGACCAGAGACUGCGGACAUAGUACAGGUGAUGACCAGAGACUGUGGACAUAGUACAGGAGAUGACCAGAGACUGCGGACAUAGUACAGGAGAUGACCAGAG